AUGGACUCGAUCUCUAUAAUACCUGGACUGGAAUCUAAAAAGGACAUCAACGAGUAUUGGACAAGAUUCGAGAAGCAUGUAAAACCCCAAGCCAACCACAUAUUGAGUCGAUUUAAUCUACGUAACCUCAAACAAAACAACAGGCCGCUCGAUGAAUUCUUGACGGAAGCCCAACUAUUAGUUCAAAGCUGCGGGUUCCCCGCUCAACUUCAAAAUGAAAUGGUCAGGGAUGCCCUAGUUUUCGGGACCGACCWUGAUGUCGUAAGGAAAAGAUGUAUUGCCGAAGGCAACUCAUUAACAUUUGAGAAAGCAAGAGACAUUGCAAGAACAGAGGAAGCAACCCGCCAACAAGUCAAUGCCAUGAGGCAGAGCAGCGAAGUCAGCGCUAUCAAAAGUCAGAAAGCAAAGAAAAAAACAAUCAGCACAUCGAGUACGAAGCAUCAUGAAGCACCAACUUCGAGUACGAAGACCACGUGUGACCGGUGCGGUAACAAUAAACAUGCAUCAGGUCGUAAGUGCCCCGCGAGCGGAGUAGACUGCCAUUAUUGCCACAAACGUGGGCAUUUCAGUAAAAUGUGCCACAAACGCAAGCAAGUUCACGAGAUACGCAACGAAACAGACACGGAUGACGAUGAACAUAAUGACAUGUUUUUAGGAACACUUGAAGUUGAUAGUCUACACGGUCACGUGACAAACUGCAACAAAGUCUUCACCGAGAUCAAUGUCACAUUAAAGCCUUAUCACAAGAGAACAACUGCAAUAACAUGCAAGUUGGACACUGGUGCGGAAACUAACGUCAUAUCAAAGUCAGAUUUUGAUACAAUCAUUGCUUCACCAGAGGAAAAAUCACUCGGACCGCCACAAACCCUCACUGCGUAUGGCGGACAAAAGAUUCAGUGCGUCGGUACAUGCGAGCUGUAUGUACAUCACAAAGGUACUACAAUCAAGGUACCCUUCACUGUCACGAACGUAAAAGGACCUGCAAUACUGGGAUGCAACACCUGCGAACAACUAGGACUUGUUACAAUCAAUUGUAGCAUUGAAACAGACGGCAAGAGUGGAACUUCAGCAGARAAUCCUCCAUUGACAAGGGAUAAACUUGUACAUGAUUACAAGGACUGUUUUGAAGGAAURGGUYCUUUCAAAAUGAAGCCAUAUCACAUCACUGUAGAUCCAAACGCAGAGCCAGUCGUGCACCCUCCUAGGACGGUGCCGCUACACGUGCGCGACCUGUUCAAAGCUGAACUCAACAGCAUGGAGGAACAUGGCAUCAUAGAGCCAGUUAGUGAGCCUACRGACUGGGUGAAUAGCAUAGUACUCAACGAGACAGUCAACMAKAAGYGCGAAAUAAUCAAGCUGAGAGUGUGCCUUGACCCACGAGACCUCAAUAAAUGGAUAAAGCGGGAACACUAUCACACAAGAACCAUUGACGAUGUUAUCAGUGAACUACACGACGCAAAGUACUUCAGUGUCAUCGAUGCAAAGAAGGGAUACUGGCACGUGCCUCUCGACAAAGAAAUCUCCAUUCUCACUACGUUUAAUACGAUAUUUGGGCGGUAUCGCUUCACGCGAAUGCCGUUCGGACUGAAUGUCUCACAAGACAUUUUCCAAAAGGAACUCGAUUCAUCGAUCGAAGGACUGCCAGGAGUCACAGGAAAGACGGAAAGACGGAAAAAGAACACGAUGAAAACAUGGCAAAACUCAUGGAUCGUGCAAGAGACAAAGGAAUAA